ACAUUCUAGGGUUUCUGAAACUAGCUCCCACGGAGUAAUUCUCAAAGCUUCCCUCAAAUUUCACAAAAAAAAAAUGAGUGAAAAUUUGGACAUUUCUCUGGAUAAACUUCCAAUCAAACGAUUGGAUGCAAUCGAAGAAAAUGGCCUCGAAAGAUUUGCACCUGAUGUAGGUUAUGAUCAGAAGAAACUUGAUUUAAUUAGGCGAAUUGAUUUCUCUUGGGCAGUAGAGAAAGAUACUAAGAAGAAGCAGAAAACUGCAAAGGAAGCAAAUGCACCAUGGCCUUGGCAGAGUAUGGUUGAGAAUUUACAAUUAGCUCAUCAAGAACUCUCUGUUAUUAUCGAUAUGAUUAACACGGUAGAAGCUAAUGACGCAGUUACAGUGGCUAGCAUGACCAGGCCUAAGCAGUUACCUAAUGAGGUUCUGUCGGACAUUUCAGUAGCUGCAGCAACCAAAUUACAAUGUUUCAGGCAACUGGGGAAAUACUUGAAGCAGUCAGCCAAAACAUUGGAAAAACAGGUUGCGAGGGAAGCACGAUUUUAUGGUGCUCUGAUUAGGUUGCAGCAGAAUUGGAAGGUGAAGCGACAGCGUUUGACAGUCUCUGCUCCCAGCAAUGAGGGCUUCACCAUUGACCUAUUUGACAACUCGUUGUCUGAUUCGAUGAGCUUAUUUCGCCCUGUUACGUCUACCGUUAGUGUUGAUCAUGACUCUGCUGGCAUGCUGGCUGUAAAUUUACCUCCGAAGUCAUGCCGCUUCAUGCAUUUUGGAUUUCUUGGUGUGAAUUCAGGUAGUACAACAAAGGAAUCCAGUAAAAACAACAUAUCUGCCUCAGAUGCUAAGCGUGAAGCUGUAAAAGAAGAUGUCGAUGAAUGUGUCAAAGAAACACAUCUAGUCCUUCGUAAUGUUCACCGGGUAAUCUUUGAUGAACAGGUGUUCGAUUUGGUGAAUCGUGAAGGAUUUACUCCAUCUCGAGGUUUUAAUGUCACUGGGAUAAGAGAAAACUAUCUUGAACUUGGCAUUGGCCAAGGAGCUUCUGUAUAUUUAUCGCUUUUGCCCUCUGGUGAAGAUGCAGAUCUAACAGAUGACUCGGCAGACACACAAAAUUUGGAAACUGCAAUAGUAACUUCAGAGACAACUGACAGCACGAAGCUGGUAGAAGAGACGGCAAGCUCCCUUAAAAGUUUGUCGAGGUUUCCUAGUCCAACUAGUUGUGAAAUUUAUCUACAGCAAAUUUUCCAUGAACAUAAGUUUGUACGAGAAAAGGAUAAACGCCCUUAUGCUAGCAAGGCUCGAGUUCCUGUUCAACCUGCCGGGGCGGGGUCUGAUCUUCUAGGUCAUUUCUGUAUGACAUUAGCUCAUAGAAUCUUUUCGAACAAAGUUCUGGAAGAGCUGGAAAAUCUGGCUACAAGGGUCCCAUAUCUGCAUUUGUUAUCUCAUCCUACAUGGAGUUCUCGUACAUCUUCAUGGUCACUAACUAUGAAGGUUCCUCAGUCCAUCAUACGUGCUGGUCAUCAGACUAGACCAUCAGAUAUCCCCAGUAGAAAGGAUGGAGUUAGGUUAGAGUUUCAAACAAAAGUGGUGGUAAAUGACGACUGCAUAAAAGUAGAAGGAGAGGGUGCACCAAAUGUUGUUGGCUUAUUCAAUGGUAGUACCGAGAAAACCUGCUCCAUGAACAGUUACGAAUGUGACUUGGCAAAUCUUCCCGUAAUCCUUCUUGAACAGGUUGCCAGUCAGGUAGUUCGUUGGCUCCAUGAAGAAGCUGUCGUGGUAGGUAUAAAUGCAAGUCGAGACUUUUUAUGCUUGUCUUUUGAGCUAGACCAAGGAGAUAAAUUGUGCUUACUGGCACACGUAGACCCUAAAGAUACAUUGGGAUGCAUCUCAUGGUGGUUGCUAAUGGCCGACGGGUUAAUGGAAGAGGGCAAACUUCAUUCAGAAAUAGCUACCUGUGGAUCAGAAAAUAUGAAAUUCCUGGGUUAUUUGUCUUUAGAAGCUUUGUAUUCCAUUAUGAUGGACUUGGUCAGUUUGUGCAAUAGAGGUGCCAAUAAUUGAGUGCCUCUGAUACAAUUUUGUAACAAAUCUAUAAGUGGCAUUUUUUUUAAUUUCCAGUUCUUCUCUUUGGUUUUCUGUUUUCAUAACGUGUCAUUGUCGUAUUCAUGUGCUAGAAACUUUUUCAGAGCCAAUCAACAUGAAAGUAAUUUCUUGGGGCA